UUCUUCGUUUCCCCAAUGUACUAGUAGCACCAGUCACCAACGAACAGCUGACGAAAACAUCACGACCAUCCAGAGAUCCGAGGGAAGAUCAGUGGAAAUCUCGAGACUACUUCUGUUUACGAGUCCUUCUUUUGACGUUGUGAUUAAAAAAUAUUGAAGUUCGUCCGCUUUGAGGUUAUCCUGGAAGUUUGCUGUGGAGCUUUGAUUGAGGAUGGGGGAAGGAUUGAAAUUGUUGGUUGGCAUCUCUUUGCUCAUUUCUUUAAGCAAUGGUGCUGAGAAGCCGGAUCAAGAAUUGCUUCUGUUGACAGUUGCUACAAAUAAUACAGAUGGCUUCCAACGAUAUUUACGCUCCACUCAAAUCUAUGACCUCAAUGGAAAGGUCCUGGGAAUGGGUGAGAAGUGGGAAGGCGGUGACAUGAACUUUCCUGGAGGCGGGUUCAAAGUGAACCUUUUGAAGAAAGAGUUGGAGGAAUACAAAGAGAAAGAAGAUUUGAUCAUUCUGUUCACUGACAGCUACGAUGUCAUUAUUGCCGGCGAGGCCGAUGAGAUUGUUGAGAAAUUCAAGAGCUUCGAUGCCAAAAUCGUUUUUGGAGCAGAGGACUUCUGUUGGCCUAAGACUGAGUUGAAAAAUCAAUAUCCUGCCAUCGAGAAGGGGCAGAGAUUUCUCAAUUCUGGGGGGUUCAUCGGCUUUGCCAAGAACUUGUAUGAAAUGGUCAAUCACAAAGUGGUGGAGAAUUUAGACGAUGAUCAGUUGUAUUACUCCGAAAUAUUUGUUGAUCCCGAAUUGCGAGAGAAAUACGGAAUGAAGUUGGAUCACCACUCAAAAAUCUUCCAGAAUCUGAAUGGUGCCGUAGGAGAUGUCGAACUUCAGUUCAAGGAAAGCAUCCCGUUCCUUCAUAACAACAAGUACGAGUCCACUCCUUUGGUAAUCCAUGGAAAUGGACCGUCUAAAAAGAUCCUCAAUUCCUUGGGCAACUAUUUGGCUUUGGCUUGGAACCAAGGCGACCAAUGCACCUCUUGCUGGGAGGACAAUCUUGAAUUCAAAGCCUUACUAGAAGUUCCUCAAGUGGUUCUUGGCAUUUUCAUCACCCGUCCAACCCCGUUCCUGGAGGAGUUCUUCACCAAAAUAUUUGCCAUGGACUAUCCCCGGAACAAGAUCGAUCUUUUCAUCUACAAUAGUGCGGAAUAUCAUAUCAAGCACGUCGAACAAUUCAAACAAUUACUGUCCACUGAGAAACCCGAGGAUCAAUACCAUUCCAUUGAAGUUUGGACUCCAGAACAAAAUAAGAAGGAAUGGCAUGCCAGAGAACACGGGAUCCAGAAAUGCCUUGACGUGAAAUGCGAUUAUUUCUUCUCCGUGGAUGGGGAUGCUCAUUUAGAUAAUGUCAAUGUCCUAAAGCUACUCAUUGAGCAAAAUCGAAAAGUCAUCGCACCACUUCUCGUUCGUCCGUUCAAGGCUUGGUCCAACUUUUGGGGAGCUCUGACACCUGAAGGUUUCUAUGCCCGGUCCACGGAUUACAUGGAUAUUGUGCAAAAUUCUCGCCGUGGAUUGUGGAACGUACCUUUCAUCUCCUCAUGCUACCUCAUCCAAGGAGCCCUUAUUGAAAAUAAGUACACUCGGCCAACAUUCAUCAAUAAACUCAUGGACCCCGAUAUGGCAUUCUGCCAAAGUCUGAGAGAAAAAGAUAUCUUCUUUUAUGUGAGCAACCGUCUCGAUUGGGGUCAUUUGAUUAAUUCCGAUGAUUUCGAAACUACCCAUAUGCACAAUGAGUUGUGGGAAAUCGCUAAUAACCAAUUGGAUUGGGAGACGAGAUAUCUUCAUCCUAAUUAUUCUCAAAGCUUGGAAGAAGAUGCUGAGGUGGAACAGCCUUGUCCAGAUGUGUUUUGGUUUCCUAUUGUGACAGAAAGGUUUGCUGACGAGUUGAUCGAGGAAAUGGAAAAUUAUGGAGACUGGUCGGAUGGGUCCAACACCGAUCCUCGCUUGAAAGGGGGAUACGAGAGCGUUCCCACCCGAGAUAUUCAUAUGAAACAGAUUGGUUAUGAUCAAGAAUGGUUGCAUUUUCUCGACUUCUACGUCCGCCCAUUGCAGGAAUCGGUUUUUACCGGGUAUUUGCAUUCCGACCAGCGGAUCGAGGGUGGGUAUGAAGCUGUCCCCACCCGUGACAUCCAUAUGCGGCAAAUUGGUAUGGAUGAUCAAUGGCUUGAGUUCUUGCGCCUUUACGUCAAACCUUUGGUGGAAAGUCAAUUCAUUGGCUACAAUAGCGACCCUCCCCGCUCCAUCAUGAACUUUGUGGUCCGCUAUCGGCCAGAUGAGCAGCCCUCCCUUCGGCCUCACCACGAUGCCUCGACUUACACCAUUAAUAUCGCCUUGAACAAUGCCGGCACUGAUUACUCGGGAGGAGGAUGUCGGUUCAUCCGAUAUGAUUGCUCGAUCCCUGGCACCAAGAAAGGUUGGAUGUUGAUGCAUCCCGGACGAUUGACCCACUACCAUGAGGGAUUGGAGACCACCAACGGAACACGCUAUAUUAUGAUCUCCUUUAUUGACCCUUAAAACCAACCCAAAGAGGUGUGUACUGUAGACAGACAGUACAGUAUUACGGCUGGGCCUUGACUUAACGGUAGCUUUUCCUCAUACUGCACCAAGCAUUUCUCAGCGCAUUUCUCUUCCCGUAAAUCAUUUCGAUGACCUAGUCUUGCCAUGAACGACAUUUAAAAACCGCUGUCAUAAACCUAUUCUGAUAUUCUGAAUCGUAGGACCUUCAGUGCCAAAUUGAAAAAAAAAUGAGGAAAAGAAAUCGGUUUUUCUCAGAUUGGUCUCACACAGUCUCACCGAAAACUUGAAAACCGCACAUCAUAGAGUACUUCUGUUUAAUCCAAUUUUUCUUUCGAACACGAGCAUAAUUUUUUUUCUAUGCCCUGCUAGUAAGUCCUAAAAUUUUCUGCUAGUCUUAUGAACAAGAUAUUGUUACACACACCAAUGUAUAUUUUAAUUAAAUGAUACAGAUUCAACAAAAUUUAGUGCAAUAAAAUUGACUCUUCCUUCCUGGA